GAGUCGAGUGGAGAAAUUCAGUUAGUUCGUGCUACUCAAGCUGCUUUCUCUGGCUUUGUGAUGAAGUUCUGUGUUUUCCUCCUAUUGACCUUUGUGGCCCUGGCCAGGGGUCAAUUUGAUCCACAUUUUGUUUCCGGACGCAGUGGAAUUGUUCACCUUUUUGAGUGGAAAUGGGAAGAUAUUGCAGCUGAGUGCGAAAGAUUCUUGGGUCCAAAUGGUUUUGCUGGAGUCCAAGUUUCACCACCAAAUGAGAAUGUUAUCGUAACGAAUCGUCCAUGGUGGGAACGUUAUCAGCCCAUAUCUUAUAGGAUUGUAACGAGAUCAGGGAAUGAGCAACAAUUCGCAAACAUGGUCUACAGAUGCAACAAUGUUGGUGUUCGCAUCUACCCUGAUAUUGUGAUCAAUCACAUGGCUGCUUCUCAUCCAGUUAUGAUUGGAACUGGAGGGUCUACUGCUAACGUUGGAAACCGAGACUACCCAGCUGUGCCCUACAGCAUCCAUGAUUUCAACCCUUCAUGCCCUAUUACCAACUACAAUGAUCGCUAUCAAGUGAGGAAUUGUGAGCUAGUAGGCUUGCCAGAUCUCAAUCAAGGAGUUGCCUGGGUCAGGGAUAGAAUUGUUGAGUAUUUGGACAAUCUUGUGGCACUGGGUGUUGCUGGAUUCCGCGUUGAUGCAGCCAAGCACAUGUGGCCAGGUGAUCUGGAGAUCAUCUAUGGACGCGUAAGAGAACUGAAUGUAGUUCACGGCUUCCCAGUUCAUGCUAGACCAUUCUUCUUCCAAGAAGUCAUUGACUUGGGCGGUGAAGCUAUAUCCAAGAACGAAUACACGGGCUUUGGUGUUGUGACUGAAUUCAAAUUUUCCGCUGAAAUUGGUCGUGUCUUCCGUGGCAAUGAUCUUCUGCAUCACCUGUCCAAUUGGGGUGAAGCAUGGGGCUUCCUUCCAUCCAAUCGUGCUCUGGUGUUUGUUGAGAAUCACGACAAUGAACGCGGACACGGAGCUGGAGGAGACCAAAUCCUAACCUACAAAAAUGCUAAACAAUACAAAAUGGCCGUUGCUUUUACACUUGCGCAUCCAUUCGGAAUUCCACGUAUCAUGUCCUCCUUUGCGUUCACCAACACCGAAAUUGGUCCACCAAUGGAUGGGAAUCAGAAUAUUAUUUCUCCCAGUAUUAAUGCCGAUGGUUCGUGUGGCAAUGGAUGGGUUUGUCAGCACAGAUGGAGGCAGAUCUUCAAUAUGAUUCGCUUCCGGAAUGAAGCAGGAACAGCUGGACUUACAAAUUGGUGGUCAAAUGGAAGCCAGCAGAUUGCUUUUGCACGUGCCGGUCGGGCUUUUGUUGCCUUCAACAAUCAAGGAUCCAACAUGAAUGUAAAUCUUCAGACUUCCCUUCCUGGUGGAACGUACUGCGACGUUAUAUCGGGUAAUGUUUCCGGGGGAUCGUGUUCUGGGAAGACUGUUACAGUCAAUGGAGACGGAACUGCCAAUAUCGUCAUUGGAGCAGCUGAAGAAGAUGGCGUGCUUGCUAUUCACGUUGGUGCCAGAUUGUAAGAUUGUAAAGGAUAAACGAGAUUACUCCUGUUAAUAUUUCUGUAUUUGUUAAUAAAAUGAUUUUUUUGGAA